CAAGACAAUGACCUCGAAGCAAACAGUCUUGGGGUCGCAGUGAAUUUGUUGCGCAAAACAAUUCACUAAGUGAAAAGCAAGCAGGCAUUUUGUUCAGUCACUGUCACUUCGUUGCCUCUAUUAACUGUGGCCACAACUCUUAUAAACUCUUUCCUCCUUUCCAGCUCAGCUCCCUACACUACAUCCGCCUUGAUCCCUGCUACUUUACCAGCCCGUCGCAGCCAUGGGGUCCAUGAUCUCCUCUGGAAUGAACUCUUUCCCUUCCCUCCGAGAGUUCAUAACGCUCACUCCCAGAACUUACGCGAUACUAGUCAACGUCUUCCAAUACUUCCCAGUCGUAACAAUAGCCCAAUGGCUCCUCUCCUACCACCCCGCCGGCAAAACCUCCCUCCGCACCUCCCCCCUAAACAUCCCCGGCCGCCUCGCCUGGUGUCUCAUGGAGAUCAUCGCCCCCCUAAACCUCCUCUACACCUUGCACACCUCUCUUUCCGGUGAUUUGAGUGUGCUACCCUGGCAAAAUCUGCUGGUUGCGGUGUUGUAUGUGGUGCAUUAUAUAAACCGUGCGGUGGCUUCGCCGUGGUUCGUGGCGCCGAGUAUGUCGCCGAUUCAUGCGUUUGUGAUGGUGUCGGCGAUGGGGUUCAAUUGGAUGAAUUCGAGUUGUUUGGCGGGAUGGAUUCUGGGAUAUCCAGUUGAUAUUCAGGGACUCGGUACUGCGACUGCUGGUGAUGGGGUUGACGGGGGGAUGGGGUUGCUACCAACUGUCGGAUUGGGAUUGUUUGUUAUCGGGAUGGUUGGGAAUAUUUAUUCUGAGAGAGCGUUGUUCCGGCUUCGUCGUGAGGAGGGUGAUAAGCGCGCUGCGAAGAAGACCGACAACAACGACACCAGCAACAAAUACCACAAAAUCUACGUCAUCCCUCCCAAGCAAGGUGUCUUCCGCUCCAUUCUUUACCCGCACUACGUCUUCGAAUGGAUCGAGUGGUUCGGUUUUGCGCUCGCCGGGACGGCAAUUUUCCCUGCUGGAAGUGGUAGUGUGAAUCCGAUUGCUGCAACGGCAACUGCGGCUGCGACAGUUCCGAGGAUCAGUUUGGCUCCGUGGUUGGUUCCAGCGGCGAUUGUUGCGGAAAAGUUGAAGGUACCGUUGCCUUUGCCUGCGUUGGUGUUUGUUGUGAAUGCCGUGACCAAUAUGCUUCCUCAUGCGCGUUGGGGACGGAAGUGGUAUGUUGAGAACUUUGGAAAGGAGGCUGUUGGGAGCAGAGGUGUUGCCGUUCCAUGGUGUCCGUGGUUGUAGCAUCGAGACAUGUACACUAAGAUGGGGAAAUAUGGUUACAAGAACAAUCAGAAUGAUACAUUGCAUUAAGAGGCAAUGCCUCAGGUGUUAUCUAGAACACAUUGUUGAAUAUGAAACAUCGGUGACUACGCACCACACAUGCUUCCCCUUCCAAAUACAAAUGAAAUAAAACAAACAAACCCACAUCUUUUGACCGCUAAAAGACAAGUGGAUGCUUGGUGGCGUAAACGCCGAUGUUGAAAUCGUCAAAACUGUUGAACUCCGUGGACCCCCAGAU